AUGCUCUCUCGCAUGUUUAACCGUCCCAUGAUGUGCAUCUGCAUGCCCACCUGGGGUAUGCCUUUCGACAUGAUGUGCAUGAUGCUCCAGCGUUGCAUGGUGAUGCCCAGCCAAGUCCGCAGAAACCUCUACGCCCAGAUGCGCACUGCUCUCCUCGACGACUCUAUGCACCGCUGCGUCGUCCUUUGCCACAACGAUAGUGCCGUCCUCGUCUCCCAGGCCAUGGCUCAGCUCUGCUCCGACCUGCCCGCUGAGAAGAUGUGCAAGCUCGAGAUCUACUCCUUCGGUGCCGCUGCCUGCGAGUUCAUGAUGCCCCGUGGUGAAUCCACCAUGGAUAGCGAGCCUGCCCACCACCAGUCAAUGGACAUGAUGAUGAAUGACCGCAAGGGAGUUCACAUGGAGCACUUCGCCAUGACGACUGAUCCUUUCGCUCAAAUGGGUGUUCUUGAGAGCGUGCGCCAAAACAUGAGCGGUCGUUUCUGCGGUGGCGUCUUCAUCAUGGACAACAAGAAGGCUAUGUCUAUGGGCAAGAUGAGCCAAGACGCCAUGAACAUGCAGAUGAUGUGCUCCGGCCUGAUGAUGGAGGACUACAUGAUGAUGAUGUUCUCUGCCCAAAUGUCGAUGGGUGCUUCCUCGGGCACUCCUAGCUGCAUGGACAGCAACAUGAUGAUCGAUCGCGACUGCGCCGAGAAACGGGAGAUUGCUGCCAUGUCCAACUACUAUGCCGCCUCUCAGACCAAGAAGGGUAGCAAGCGUUUGAGCUGGACUGGCCUUGCUGCCACCGCUGGUCAGAAGAACGGUGUCAGCGCCGGCAUGAUCGGUCUUGAGCAGGCUCGCAAAGGAUGUAAGGGUUGCAAUGGCCACAAGGCUCGUGAAGUCAGCUGGCUGUCGCGCUAUGUGUCCAUGGGCCAUAUGAUGGACAAGAACAUGUCGGAGGGCAACAUGGCUCGCUCUCCAUGA